CCAAGAUAUAGUGGUGAUAUAAUGAUCACGUGUCGCACACGCGACGCGUCGCCCUCCACCACAUCUCCCUCCACGACCUCCACCUCUGGACUUCGGUUUCGCGUCAACAUCUCGCCCUCCGUCUGUGUCCACAUCGAGCGCACACUCUCUGCCAUGUCCGAGCAAACUGCCCAGCAGGGCAGGCCGCUUCCAGUUCUUCUCCUUAGCACGCUCGUUCCCAUCGCCCUCACGCUCAUUGUUCACCCUCUCAUCCCCGUCUUCGGCCUCACGGAAUACUUUCCCUUCCCGCCGCAACCGACCUUUCCUGCCCUCCAGGCCAACAUCGGCUUUUCGUUGCUCGCGCUAGUGGGGACGCUUCUGGUUAUCCCGAAGGUGACACCGGCUUUCCUUGCGAAGAACAUCAAGGGACGUGACCUGCUCAAGCCUGGUGGGAGGACAUCGGGGCCCUGGGUCCCCGAAUGUCUCGGACUGCCAUGCGCGUCGCUAUAUCUCCUCCUCAUGAUGCUUUUCAUCCCUUUCCCUUUCUCGCACAUCUUUCAAGUGUCGUCCAACAAUGGCGUAGGGCGCGAGAAGUUCCCAACUGGAGAGCUUACGUUCUACUUGACGUCGUUGCUUUCGCUUCUCACUGCAACAAUGCUUGGGUUUAUUGAUGAUCUGUUCGACAUUCGAUGGCGACACAAGCUUCCAAUUCCUCUCAUAGCAGCUGUACCGACGCUUCUUGUCUACUACGCCACGGGCGGCUGGACGUGGGUCGUUCUCCCAGAAUGUGUCGGCAAGCUGUUGCGCUCCCUCGGACUACCGGGCUGGAUCGGCGCACCAGUGAUUGACCUCCACAUCUUCUACUACUUGUACCUCGUCCUUCUCCCAACAUUCACGACCAACUCCAUUAACAUUCUGGCCGGAAUUAAUGGCGUCGAGGUCAUUCAACCGCUUAUUAUUGCGAUGUCCGUUACGCUUAAUGACCUGCUCUUCUUGCCCAUUUGGCCUGAGUGGCUUCUUGAGUUUCUCGGCAUUGAGAACCCCGCAGGAGGACGUAUGUUGCCAUGGGCCGUUGGACAGGUCGUCACCCGUCACCUCAUGAGCCUCUACUUCAUGAUUCCUCUCAUUGGCGUCUGUGCCGGCUUUCUGUGGCACAACUGGUAUCCAGCCCGGGCGUUUCCUGGUGAUACAUUGUGCUACUUUACGGGUAUGGCGUUCUCGGCAGUGGCUAUACAGGGGCACUUUUCCAAGACAAUGCUGUUGUUCUUCCUUCCUCAGAUAUUCAAUUUCGUGUUGUCAUGCCCUCAACUCUUCCAUCUGGUACCUUGUCCUCGCCAUCGGUUACCACACUUCAACCCUGAGACUGGGCUGCUGGAGCCAUCCAAGGCGAUUUUCAAGAAGCGUCCUUCAUUGCUGGGCCGAGUGAUCUUGGAGGUUUUCCAAGUACUUGGCUUGACAAGGCUUGAGCGCGCGGGCGCACCAAGUGUUCCCAAGGACGGCCCGAGCUUGUCCGAUUCCCAACCGAAGGAAGGCGACCUCACGUCGGCCACAAACCUUACUCUCAUCAACGUUCUUCUCGUGAGGUUGGGGCCGUUGCGCGAACCCACUCUUUGCCUUUGUGUGGGGGCAGUACAGGUUGCCGGUAGCGCCGUUGCGUUCGGCAUCCGAUACGGCAUUGGCUCAUUAGUAUACGGCGGAGACAGGCGAUAGAGCAUCUUGAGCAUAUCACGAUGUAUCAUAGUUACACACAGAAUGAGGG